GAAAAUUUCAAUAUCACCUUCGUCUGUUCCUCACACCUCCCACGUCCACAGCAGCAAGACUUGUGCUCUUGCAACACCAUGCUGUGUCGCUCCCACACCCGGUCAGACCGUCUUCGAUAACACCCGAGGACUGAGCAGGUCCCUCGCAGCAGCUAUGGCCGCAGCACCGGAGGUCGCAGCCCAGGCGGCUCCUCCCACCCCGUCAGAGCCUCAGGUUAGGGCUGCUGAUGGGCACGAGGAGCUUGCCGAGGGCGUGUUGGCUCUCACGGUCGGCGGCGACGGCGGCGGCGACGCAGCCCUCCCACCACACCGAUCCCACAACCCCCAAUUCAACCAGAAGCGCUCCGACCCCUUCCAGUUCGGGUCUCGCUUCCUCGAAGAGGGCGACGACCCCUUCGAGUUCAACGCCUGGGACCACGUGGAGACUGACGACGCGUUCAAGGAGUUUGCUGAGCAGCAGUACGAGCUGCAGCGUCAGUCUCCCGUGUCCGAUUUUGACAAGAAACGCUUCAACUCGGACCCUGCCAAGUGGUGGAACUUGUUCUACAAGAACAACACCUCCAACUUCUUCAAGAACCGCAAGUGGCUGCAGCAGGAGUUCCCCGUGCUUGACAAGGUAACCAAGGAGGACGCCGGCCCCGUCACGCUCUUGGAGAUAGGAGCCGGCGCCGGCAACACCGCCUUCCCAAUCCUGGCCCAGAACAAGAACCCCCAGCUCAAGGUCCACGCCUGUGACUUCUCCAAGAAGGCCGUCGAGGUCAUGCGCAGCCACGAGGGCUAUGACACCCAACACAUGCAGGCCGACGUGUGGGACGUCGCCUCGGAGGAGCUGCCCCCCGGGCUGGAGGAGGGCUCGGUCGACAUCGCGCUCCUCGUCUUCAUCUUCUCUGCAUUGUCCCCGUUGCAGUGGAAGAGGGCCGUCGAGAACGUGCACCGGCUGCUCAAGCCGGGCGGCGAGGUCUGCUUCCGUGACUAUGGGAGAGGAGACCUCGCGCAGGUCCGGUUCAAGAAGGGCCGGUACCUCGAGGAGAACUUCUACAUCCGCGGCGACGGGACGCGCGUGUACUUCUUCGAGAAGGACGAGCUUGCCUCCAUAUGGACCGGCGAGAAGUUCGGGUCCGAGGAGGGCAAAGAGGAGGAGGAGGAAGAGGAGGAGGAGGAGGCCGAGAGGCCACCGCUGUUCGAGGUCAAGAGCCUCGACUUCGACCGCCGCAUGCUUGUCAACCGCGCCCGCCGCCUAAAGAUGUAUAGAUGCUGGCUACAGGGUAGAUUCAUCAAGAAAUAGAUAUAUGUCCUGCCAUGAUUUGUACAAGAUGCUGUCACCACCCGUCAACCACACACACCCACCCCCUCAUCAGAGCUUGCUCUUGCCCCCACCAAGGUAGCUGGUGCCCAGCCUGAGCAUCUUCUCGGCGUCAGCCACCAUCUCCCUCACGAUCUCGCCGGCGGGCUGCACCUUCUGGAUGGCGCCGGCCACCUGGCCCAUGAGGUGCGGCAGGUCGACCUCGUUGCCCUGCUCGAUGUCGUGCUCGAGCGGGACGACGCCGCUGUCGCACAGCUCGCGGAUGCGGUCGGGCCGCGCGUGCCAGGCGCGGAUGUACUCGUUGGUGCGCAUGCGCAGCGGGCGGCCCGAGACGACGAGCGUGCGCUCCGUGUCCUGGAAGCCGCACCCCACGACGGCCUCCUUGUGGUCCCUGCUGCACCCGGCCUCGUCGCUCGCCACGAACCGCGUCCCGACCCACACGGCGGCCGCGCCCUGCAUCAGGCUGCUGGCCAGCCCGCGCCCGUCCGAGAUGCCGCCCGCCGCCACCACGAGCGCGGGGCUGUCCCCGCCCAGCAGCUUCGGCCUGUACCGCGCCGCGACGUCCGCCACGGCCGGGAUGAGCACGCUGUUGGCGAUGUCCCCCGUGUGCCCGCCGCCCUCGCCGCCCUGCGCGCACACCAUGUCCACGCCGAGGUCGAGGGCCUUGGCCGCGUGCUUGGGGUGGCCGACCAUGUUCAUCACGUAGAUGCCCGCGGCGUGCAGCCUGUCGAUGACGUGCCUGGGCGGCACGCCGACGGCGCUGACAAACAGGCGCGCGCCGGACUCGAUGGUGAUGUCGACCAGCUCGUCCAGCUUGCCGCCCGUGUAGUCGUGGUUGGUCUUGCGGGCGUUGCCGCCCAGCUGCGGCAGGGCCAGGUCCACGCCGAAGGGGAGGUCCGGCCGCGUGAAGUGCGCCUUCAUCUCGGCGAUGAUGUCGCGCAGCUGCUGCGGCGUGUACAUGAAGCCGCCUAUCACGCCCAGCCCGCCCGCGUUGGACACGGCGGCGGCGAGGCGGCCGCCCGACACGCGCGCCAUCCCCGCCAGGAUCACCGGGUGCUGGAUCCCCAGCAGGGUCGUUAUUGGUGUGGUUAUUGGUCCCGUUGGCGCCAUUGUGAGUGAGUGGCUGGGUGGGCUGGUGAUCGUGAUAUUCAGACCAAGAGUAAACUCCGUCUUGUUAACCACCUCUCGGUCUUGUGUGUCGAGAUCGUGUUGCUGACUUGGGUCCUUGUGAGAGGCGGCUCUCAAAAAACUUCACACAGGUGCCCUUCGGUGUUCAUAUGGACCAGACCGAUAUCCACCUCGAUAGGACAGCAGGGCUCGCCCAUCGUUCUUAUAGAGGUUGCCAGCUCAGGUGGCAUUUAAGAUGCAUCCUUUUGCCCCUUCUGUCCAACACCCACCCCCCUGUAAACGGCUAUAUGGGUUUCUCGAGGAAUGCGGAGCUGCCGAGGCAUCUUUGGGGUCGCACCCCGCCUUCUCGAAGCCCGGGGUAGCUUUUUUACCGUCAC